CAUGGCGACCUUUUUUUUUUUUUUGGUCAUGACGAACUCGAGUUGUGGUAUUUCAUUAUGUACUUCAAAAACUCAAAAUACGGCAACAUUUGCAUUAUUCUCAUCAUAACCAAAUCGAAUAGUGCAUAUUGUACUUAACCCACAAUCAGAUCUCUAAUAGCCUUGUAGUAAACAUAUUUAUUUAUUUAUUUUGUGUGUGAUACUGCAACAAGUGAAGUUUCAUAAACAUGGGGAAUUUUGCAGAGAGACGCGCGUAAUCAGCCAGUGGGCGAAGCGUAAAGCAGCCGAUAAGCUGUUGUUUAAGUUGCUCAAGCCCUAUUUAUAGCCCCCGUUCUGCACAGACGAGAGCACCCAAUGUGACAUCUUCGGGGUUAUUCUGUUUGGAUACUGCAAGAUGAGAGAUAUGAGGGAUCACAUUACGUCAACUGAUCGAGUGAACUAUUGCGCUGUCAUCGCGCUGGCGGCACUCAGCUUUAUGGUGCUGCGGAAAUGGAUAUCUGGUGGUGUCUGCAAAAGCCGUGUUCGUCUAGAUGGAAAGACAGUUGUGGUCACUGGUGCCAAUACUGGGAUUGGCAGGGAAACAGCAAGAGAUAUGGCUUGCAGAGCUCGGGUCGUGAUGGCCUGCCGGGAUCUGACUCGUGCUGAGAACGCUGCAGAGCAUAUUCGCCGCUCCACAGGAAAUGGCAAUGUAGUCAUCCGACACUUGAAUCUGGCUUCUCUCUACUCUGUCCAAGAAUUUGCCAAGGAGUUCAUUGCCACAGAAGAACGACUAGACAUACUCAUCAACAAUGCAGGUGUGAUGAUGUGCCCCAAGUGGACCACAGAGGAUGGCUUUGAGACACAGCUGGCUGUCAAUCACUUGGGACAUUUCCUUCUGACCAAUUUACUAUUAGGGAUGCUUAAGAAAUCCUCCCCCAGCCGUGUAGUGACUGUGUCCAGCAUUGCUCAUGUUGGCGGAAAGAUUGAAGUUGAUGACCUGUUUUUUGACAAAAGGCCUUACAGCCCUUUAGUCAGCUAUAAACAGAGUAAACUGGCCAAUGUGCUUUUCUCUAGAGAACUUGCACGAAGAAUGAAAGGCACUGGAGUGUCCUCGUACUGCUUGCAUCCAGGAGUGAUUCGUACAGAGCUGAGCCGCCAUAUUGAGUCGUGGUACCCCAUGCUAAAGACUUUACUGUCUUUGCCCUGCAUGCUGCUGAUGAAAACUCCCUGGCAGGGUGCACAGACCUCCAUCUACUGUGCUGUCACAGAGGGCUUAGAGAAGAAGUCUGGCUGCUACUUCAGUGAUUGUGCUGAAAAAGACCCUGCUCCAGAAGGUAAAGAUGAUGCAGUGGCUAGAAGUUUGUGGGAGGAAAGUGCUCGGCUAGUUGGACUAAAUGAUCGACGAUGACACGUCGUACGGCACACAUACUACUUCACUCUUUCUGGUUGCAGGGAUGCCCGCUAAUGGUGAUACCUGCGACCCAAACUCUCGCGAAGUGGCAGAAACGCAGACAGGAAGUCAUGGCAGAGCUAGUGUCAGGGCAAACAAUAUGGUUUUCAUUAGAAGAUGGCAUUUGCUAGCACUUUAUUUGUUUGGAAAAACCUCAGGAAACCCCAGAAAAUUUAAAGAGUUUCCAUUGGUUAAAGUUGAAAGUGUGUCAUUUUUUUCAGUGUUAAAAAAACUUUCUCAUAUUCCAGGUUAAUGUGUAUUGACAGUUUUAAGUAUGCCAUUCAUAGGUUAAUUCAGCCAAAAAGUGUAAACACGGUGGCUCUGUGGUGCUAUCAAAACAUUGCUGUUUGUUUGAACAUCCCGACCAGACCAACAGCAACAAUAGAGCAACCAAUGACAUUGGAGUUCGGAGUGGGACUGUUAGUUAUCACACAUAUGCGGUUUUUAACCAUCCAACAACUUCUUAAAACUCUAGAAAUGUUUUGAAUGCUUUGUUCUCAGAGGUCAUUUCCUAAUAACACGAUAAUACUCGGUACAUUCCAUCACAUUUAAUUUUGUGGCUAUAUCAGAACAAACUACCAUAAGAGUCAUAAAAAAAGCUUAAGAGAGCUAGGUUGCUUUGAAAAUGUGUAUACAUAUACUGUAUAAAUAUGUAUGAUUUACUUUAACCACUAGAUGGCAUUAAAGAUGUGUUUUUGGAAACAGUAUUAUAUAUUUUUAAAGAUCCCUGUAUGUACAUUAUGAUACAACAAGGCAGCAUUGCAGGUCAAUUUGCAAACAAAUGGAAAAUAUGUGAUGGAAAAAAGCAGACCUUGAUUUACAUGACUUGGUUGUAGGUUACAGUUGUGAUUAGGUAGAUUCCACAAUCAGUGUGUAUAACAAUCAAUAUAAAAAUGGUCAAACAGAACAAGACAUGCUAAAAACUGCAUUGCGUAAGACUAUGUGUGCCACAAAUACACGUAACCGUUAAAGGUAUAGUUCACCCAAAAAUGAAAACUCUCUAAUCAUUUUCUUACCCUCAUGACAUCCCAGACUUUCUUUCUUCAGCAGAACACAAAUGAAGAUUUUUAGAAGAAUAUCUCAGCUCUGUAGGUCCAUACAGUGCAAGUGAAUGGUGAUCAGACCUUUGUAGCUCCAAAAAACACAUAAAGGAAACAUAGGGGUAAUCCAUAGUGGUUAAAUCCGUAUCUUCAGAAAUGAUAUAAUAGGUGUUUAAGUCCAUUUUUACACUAAAUCUCCACUUUCACUUUUACAUCUGAAAGUAGCAUGUGGUGCCUGUUUAGUUUCACUUUCAUAUCUGAAAGUGAAAGUGGAGAUUUAAAAAAAGGACUUAAAUAUUGUUCUGUUUCUCACCCAUACCUAUUAUAUUGCUUCUGAAGAUAUGGAUUUAAACACUGGAGUCAUAUGGAUUACUUUUGUGUUUCCUUUAUGUGAUUUUUUUUUUUUUUUUUUGAGCUACAAAGGUCUGAUCACCAUUCACUUGCAUUGUAUGGACCUACAGAGCUGAGAUAUUCUUCUAAAAACUUUGUGUUCUGCUGAAGAAAGAAAGUCAUACACAUCUGGGAUGGCAUGAGGGUAAGUAAAUGAUAAGAGAAUUUUCAGUUUUGGGUGAACUAUUCCUUUAAAUGACAAUAUUUACCCCCUGGAGUUGAUUUUUUUUUUUAAUGGUAUUUUUAUCUUUAUGAAUGCAUAUUUUUAAAACCAUAAAAAAUACUGUAUACUCUGUGUCAUGUACUGGUAGUUUGCAUCUAGUACUUCAAUGUAAGCAAUUUUAAUUUUGGGACAUUUUUGCUCCAUUAAUUUUGAACCAUGAUGUCUAGUAUUUAUUUUUCUUUUCUAGUUUUAUCUCUUCUAUUUCCAUUAUUUAAAUUUUGCGCAUCCCAGAUUUCCUUUAGGGUGUUUGAUAAGUUACAAUUUUAUUUAUUAUUAAUAUACUUACAAUUUCACUGUUUAUACAUUUUCAAGAUUGGUUGUUUUGUGGCUGUAAAAAUCGAUUUGCAGCAAUCUCGUGCUCAUUUUAAAAAAAAAUAUGCAAUUAUAAUAUGAGUUAACAUACUUCUUUUAUGGCUGGUGUGCUUUUUCUGUAAAUCCUUACAUGCAAAUAAAUACGACUGUGUUGCAUAAUGGAAGUCAACAGAUUUUGGCAAGGAAUUGUCUGUUUAACACUGAAGGAUUUUGCUGAUGUGUUCCUUGCCUGUAAACAACACAUUUGAUUCUUCAAUGGAGCUUCUGUCCCAGGUCAAGUUUUGCUCCAGGGAAUCAUUUGUGUGUAAAAUUGGCAUCUAAACAGCUAAUUCAUUUUCUUGCAUUCAUUUCUUGGUAAACUCGUUACUGAUAAUAUCUGUCUGGUAAUAAUGCGUGUGUAACAACUACCGGGUGCCCAAAACCACUUUUGUUUCUCAGCAAGACAAAGAUGUUUCACAAAAACAAGAUUAGUGAAAAAAAAGUGAUUAGUCAAAGACUGUGUGACAAUGCACGGCACCCUCAGUCAUUUACGGGUGCCAUAAUAUGGAAAAUACAGAUUAAAUCAAAUUAAAAACCAAUUACUGGGCCAAUCAAAUGAUCCAACUCCCAAUGCAAUUUAGGUUGCACCAUUAGCACAUCUUUUAUGGUCGACAUAAUUCACUAAACAUACUCAUAUCCUGCACUUUACUAAAGCUGUGCCCAAUCAAUGAGUGGCUUGCAGGCCUGGCCCCAAUGGGCAAUGCCCGGCGCCUGCCUGUCUAUACAUGUAAUGUCUGUAAAUAAUGUAGGAAGAGUGUCUUCUGUACUUUAUUCCACCAAGCCAUGCUUUAAAAGCCUGAGCCAAAAGAAAACAAUUAAUGUUAAAGGUGUAAUUCAUCAAAAAAUUUAAAAUUCUGUCAUCAUUUACUCAGUCUCAUUUUGUUCCAAACUCAUAUGUCUUCCUUCUUCCAUGGAACACAAGAGGAAACAUUUUGAAGAAUAUUGGCACCCGGGGAGCCUGGGUAGCUCAGUGGUAAAAGACACUGUCUACAACCCCUGGAGUUCGCUAGUUCAAAUCCCAGGGCAUGCUGAGUGACUCCAGCCAGGUCUCCUAAGCAACCAAAUUGGCCUAAAAACUCCUUAUGGUCGCUAUAAUGUGGUUCAUUGUCAGUGGGGCACAUGGUGAGUUGAGCACAGAUGCCGCAGUGGAUGGUGUGAAGGCUCCACACACCCUAUGUGGCAAUGCGCUCAACAAGCCACGUGAUACAGUUGUUGGUCUCAGACACAGCGGCAACUGGGAUUCAUCCUCCGCCACCCAGAUUGAGGCGAAUCACUACACGACUACAAGGAUUUAAAAGCUCACUGGGAAUUGGGUAAAAAAAAAGAAAAGAAUUGGCACCCAUCUUUUAUUUCAUACAAUGAAAAUGAAUGGUGACUGAGGCUGUCAGUCCCUAACAUUCUGCCAAGCACCUCCUUUUGUGCUCCACUAUAAAAGAAAGUCAUACAGGUUUGGAGAGUAAAGGAUGAGGAUGAGUAAAUGAUGAAAGAAUUUUCAUUUUGAGGUGGAACAAUCCCUUUAACUUGCAUAUAAACAAAAUAGCAGAUGUUGCACAAGUGUAAUAGGUAGGCUACACCCUCUUUUAUGAAAAUCAGUUGUGCUCUCAUAUUUUCAGAUGCAUGUGGAUUCAUUUCAACGUGACAUUCAUGUAGGUUGGACUGAGUGAAAUUUACAUGUAGCCAACACAUCACAACAUUUUUCAGUUUAUAUUCAAAUGUGUGGUUAUACGUUGAGCUUCUUUUUUUAUUUUUA